CUAUCAACCAAUGUGACAAUUCCUCAAUCCCAAAGGAGGCGGGGUAUAUGGUAUCGGUCUGAAAGUUCUCAUGAAGAAGUGAUACAAAAGAUAACCGUGGAGCAUUCAGCUGAGUGAAAGAUAAACUUUGCCGUAACAGCAGGAUGUCUGCUCCUGUCUCCGGUAGGAAAACCCCUGUGGACUAUGGUGUACAGAUUCGAUUUAUAAAUGACCUGCAAGACACCGGAGGGGGAGUGAGUGGGCAGCCCCGGAAAGAGGGACCUAAAAAGCAGCCGUCUCGCUAUGGAGUGGCAGUGAGAGUGCAGGGCAUUGGUGGACAGCCCUACGUCGUACUGAAAGAGGGAGAGAAAGGAGAUUCAUAUGGAGUGCAGUUGAGAACCCAACCACCUGCCUACAGCAGCCUGCCUAGGAGGAGAGAGGAUGGUGUAAUCCAGGGGCCAUAUUUCUCAUCUGGAGACAACAUCCCUAUCCGUAGGGCUCAGUCUCAUGGCUCAUUGUUGGACAGAGAAAACAGUCCUGAAGACUUCACAGAUCAGCUCCGACGUCCACUUGGAGAUGGACGUUCUGGAAGCUAUGGCAACCUGGAUGGAGGUAUUGGUAUGGGAUCUGAAAGGGAGCGACCCAGAGAAAGGAUGGAGAGAAAUCAGUGGGGAGGUUCCUACCAGACAGGGCUGAAUGGCACUUUGGGGAGAGGGAGAGGUGGAGGCAGUCACCACACCUCAUCCGAAUCCAUCGAAAUAGCACUGCACAACCAGCACACUCAGAUCCAAUCAGCCCCCAGCUCCACCCGUCAGACCCCUGUCCAAAGACUUGUCAACAGGUUCGACGGGAGCUCUUCACAGGUGGAUAACUCUGCAACCACCACCAGGGGGCGCUAUCCUGUUCCAAAUGCAGACGACAGAUCCACUUCAACUUCACCUUUACCUGCUCCAUCUCUCAUUCCUAAAACAUACUCUUCACCAUCAUCUUCGUCACCUGCUUCUGCUUACAGCAGCCUGGGUCGUGGAUCCGGUUCUAUUGCAAAAGUUACAGCAGUCACUCCCUCUGUUUCAUCUGAUGGACAUGUCACUCCAGACCUCUUGAUGGACCAGGGUCAAAGUUCAGGGUCAGAGUUCUCACCUGAAGACCAGAUCCAGCAGAUAAUCUAUGAUGCUCUCCGUCAGGGGAGUACAGAGGGAGAUGUUGCCAUUAAGCGCAAAGCUCGAGUCAUCUGUAAUAAAAUUCAAGGACUUAAGGCAAGCAGAUCUGAUGACUCCUUAAAACAUGAGCUUGAGAAAUGUCUGGAUGAAAAUAUCCAGCUGCAGGAACAGCUGGGGAGGAAGAACACAGAACUGCACCAAACACAUUCAGAUCUUACUCAGUUACGUAUGGACAGAGAGAACGCAGAGUCUCAUGUUAGAGAGUUGGAGGAUCAGCUGGCAGGACUGCAGGAGGAGCUGAGGAGAGAAACUGAAAACAAAGCUCAAGCUGACACAAUGCACAUGGAAUUGAUGGCAUUGAGAGCUGAAUUGGAUGAAGCUGCAGUGCUGAGACAAAAGCAGGAGGACAUUCAGAGGCAAAGAGAGAGGGAGCUGACGGCCCUGAAGGGGGCAUUAAAAGAUGAGGUCUCCACCCAUGACAAGGAGAUAGAGGCUCUCAGAGAGCAGUACAGCCAAGACAUGGAACAACUGCGAACAAGCAUGGCUCAGGUGUCACAGUCUCAGGCAACUAUUGAAGCCGAGCGCCACCGUGUAAACUCUACGUUAAGGUCUCUUCAGCAGCAACUGGAGGAGAGCAGAGAUGAAGGAAACCACUGGAGAGAGCAGUUCCAGUCCAGCAGAGAAGAGCUGCGUAACACCAAACAAGAUGGACAGCUGGUUCAACCCAAAGCAGAAUUACUCCAGUCACGUCUGGAGAAAGAAGAGUUUGAGGAGGAGCUGAAUGAUCUGCAGGAGAAAGUCAACACAAUGAAACAGCAGAUGCCAGAUCCUAAACAGACACAGGCGGUCAGCCAGGAACUUGAACGAUGUCGUGCUGACCUGCAGAAGACCCAGGCAGAUAUGGAUAAAUUAAGGGUUGAUCUUGACAAGAAGACAAUGGAAAUUGUGUUAUUAAAGAAGAGCAAACAAGAGCUUGAAGCAGAGCAGAAAUAUGAGAUUGACCGAUUGAAGGGUCAGUCACGAAGAGAUAAGGAAGAGCUCACAAAGGCUCAUGAGAGGGCAAAGCAGCUUGCUGAACCCUCGUUGGUGGAGGCCCUGCGGAAGGAGUUGAGUGACAUGCAAGAGGAGGCAGGUCGACUGCGAGGUCAGCUGAUCUCCACUGAAGAAAUGCUGCAGGCAGAGAAAGACAAACUCAGCUCUGCUCAAAUUCAAGUCAACAAUCUGAAGCUGGAGCAUACGGAACUGGAGGAAACCAACAUGCGUAUGAAGGAGAGAAUCACACGCCUAGAGUCUCAGCUGCAGGAACGCAUGUCUCAGAGUUUUGAGGCUGAGCAGGAGCAGCAGGAGGAGGCCAGGAAACUGAGGCAGCAGCUGGAGGAGGCCAGGCGAGAGAGCUCCAGGCUGAGCCUGGAGAGAGAUGAGCUGGCCCGUAAUCUGGAAGAGAAGGAGAAGGACAGAGACACUGUCCGUAAGGAGAACACGCAGCUCGAUGACCAGAGGAGACAGCAGGAGAGAGCGCUAGACAAACUUAAUAAAGAGAUGGAGCGCUUGUCUGCUACACAUCGUGAGGAAAUGCGGCUCCUGCAAGCUCAGCUAGACGAGCAGAGAGACAAGUGGAGGAAAGAGCAGCAGGACUCACAGAAAAUCACCAAAGAGAAGCUCAGUGAGCUGGAUAAAGCCCAGAGCACCAUCCACUCCCUGCAGGAGGAGCUGGGCCGUGUAAAGAAAGAGCUGUUCUCCAGUUAUGAGGAAAGAGACAACGCUUUAUUAGACAAAGAGAUGCUCACCAACCGCCUCAAACAUCUGGAGAGUGAGAUGGAGACUCAGCGCAACACACAAAACGACCGCUCAAGAGAGAUCCGCAGUUUAGAGGACAAAAUCAAGCAUUUGGAGCUCGAGUUGGAUGAGGAGAAGAACAGUGCAGAGAUGCUGACAGAAAGAAUCACCAGGAGCCGAGAUCAGAUUGAACAGCUGCGUGCAGAACUCAUGCAAGAGAGAUCCUCCAAACAAGACCUGGAGCUAGACAAAAACGCUCUGGAGAGACAGAUAAAGGAGUAUAAGACUCGUGUAGCUGAGAUGGAAGGCCAGUCACGUUCCUCCACUGGUGUCUCACAGCUGGAGAGCAAAAUCCAGGAACUCGAGGAACGACUGCGCACAGAAGAGAGAGAGAAGAACUCUGUGGUUUCCUCUCAGCGCCGGAUAGAGAGGAAGCUAAAGGAACUGAACAUCACUCUGGAUGAGGAGAGACAGCAGCACACAGAGCAGAGAGACCAGCUGACUCUGCGUGUUAAGGCUCUGAAACGGCAGGUGGAUGAAGGAGAGGCAGAGGCGGAGCGUCUGGAGGGCUUGAGGAGGAAGGCCAUCAGAGAGAUGGAGGAGCAGCAGGAGCAGAAGGAGGCGCUGCAGUCCAGAGUCACAGCGCUAGAGAAUGAACUCAAGAGGAAGAUUCAGCAGGCCCGACAGUCAGUGCUGGAAUCUUCAGUGCUCAGCUCUGACGAUGACGAUGAUGAUGGAUUGUACGAUCACUCCAGCAUAACCUCCAUCCUCACCGAGAGCAAUUUACAGACCAGUUCCUGCUGAAGCGCCGAGAGGAAUCUGUGGAAUGAGGUGUGAAUGAAGCUGCCCACUCAUCAUGAACAUACAGAGGAACUUCCUUUAUAUCUGUAAAAUAACAGAUCAUAGAUAAUGAAACUCCAGACUUCUGGUUUCCACCCUUAAGCUGUAACUGUCACAUUCCGUCAUUAUCUCAAUUAAAAUUCCAUAAAACAGCCUUAAAACAGGCCUAUUCUACAAGAAAAGCCUUAAUCAUCCCUCUACUUUGGAAGUAAAAUAUGUUGAAGAAGAAUUUAGUCAUCUAAAUUAGAAGAUUACUGAAACUUCUUUUAUUUGAAUAAUUAGCAGUGAAUAGAUGAAAUAAGAAUGUGAAAUAAGGAGAAGGUGAAUACAUGCAUAAAUACAUAUGGAGGGGAAAAAAGAUUGUAUUUUGGUUUAAGGUCUAACAGUGACUGAUUAUGAGCACUGAUCAUUUUGUUAGUUGUUUGAUAUGAUACCGAUAGGACCUCAAGAUGUUAGCAGAAGGUUAAUAUGAAUAUAGCAUUGAACAAAUCCAGUUCACAGAAAGUAUAAAUAUCAGGUUUAGCAUUAGUAUAGUAGAGCAAAUGAGAAACACAGUUAAUAGUCUAAACCAUGUAAAAACAUAAUUCCUGUAUUACCGCUCUAAUAGAUUAGACGAGUAAUCGCGCAUCAAGAAAAAGAUUCAUUCUCUGCUUAGACUGCAGCUCCUCAAUCUAGACUUAAUACGUAUGUACGGCAAGCCGUUUGCCAUUUAAUUAAUAACCUGUACUAGUAUCUGUUUUCCUGUUACUACUAGUACUAGAUACUAGUACCUUUUGCAUUAAGUACCAGUGCUUAUUCAUUAGUUACUAGUGCUUAUUCGUUAGAUACUAGUGCCUAUUCUAUAGAUGCUUGUUCUUUAGCUUCUUUUACAGUGUCUUUUGUAAAGUUUCUAGUACUCCUUCAUUAGAUACUACUACCUAUUAGAUAGACACUAGUACUUAUGUAUUAGAUACUAGCACUUAUUCAUUAGAUACUAGUAUUAAAUCGAUACUAGUUCUUAAAUAUUAGAUACUAGUACUAAUUUUUUAGUGCCUAGUAACUAUUCUGUUGUUACUAGUAACAAAUUAUUUUUUUUCCCAUUGAUUUCUAUGAGUUCUGUCAUUGGUAUAUUAACGAUUCAGUUUUGACUAGUAUGUAUUCCAGCUGGGUCUAGUACAUAUUUUUAUGUAGUAGUAGUUAAUUAUUAGGUACUAGUACUUAAUCAUUAGAUACUAGUAUCUAUUUAAUAGAUAUUGGUACUUAUUAAAUAGGUACUAGUACAAAUUCAUUAAAUACUAGUGACUAUUAAACAGAUACUAGUUGUUUUUCAUUAGUACUAGUAUUUAUUUAAUCGUCACUAGUAUUUUAUUAUAACUUUUACUUGUAACAAUUCUUAUUUUAUUAGUCAUUUCUGCUUGUUUACUUGUCUUAUGUUAUGACUUGUCCAAAUGGAAGAUUAUAGUUCAAUUAUACAUUUUUAAUAGUAAAAUAUUUUUUUACCUGUGACAUAUUAAACAAGUAAUAUUAUUUAAUAAAUAUGUAUGAGUAUUUUUUAAAUAAGUUGUGGUAUCCAUUUCAUAAGUACCAGUAUCUAUUUAAUAAGUACUCUUAUCUAAUCAACAAGCACUAGUACCUAUUAAAUGGAUACUAGUAUCUAAUACAUACUGUAAGUACUAAUAUCUAUUGUUUAGGAACUAGUAUCUAAUUAAUAAGUACCAGUAUCUAAUGAUUAACUACUAACACAUAAAAAUAUGUACUAGUCCCAGCUGGAAUACAUACUAGUCACAACUGAAUAGUUGAUAUCUCAAUGACAGAUCCCAUAGAAAUCAAUGGAGAAACGUUUAAUUUAUUACUUGUAACAACAGAAUAGUUACUAUAAAAUAAAUACUAGUAUCUAAUAAAUAAGAACUAGUAUCUAUUUAAUAAGUACUAGUACCUAAUAAAUAAGUACCAUUAAAAUAAAUUCUAGUAUCUAAGGAAUACAUACUAGUAUCUUAUGAAAAAGUAUUAGUAUCUAUUUAAUACAGGUACUAGUAUCUAAUGAAUAAGAAAAGACACUGGUAGCUAAAAUAAAGCACCAGUAUCUAAAGAUUAGGCACUAGUAUCUAACGAAAAAGCACUAGUAACUAAUGAAUAAGUACUAGUACUUAAUGGAAGCGCACUAGUAACAGGAAAACAGAAACUAAUACAGGGCAUUGAUUAAAUGUCAAAACGGCUUACCAUAAGUAUGCGCUUAUGCUUUCACAGUGGAAGGAAGGCCAAUUCAUUUUAGGGUACAUGCGAAUGAGCACUGUACAAGUGUGUCGCUGAUAUGAAAAUAAUGAAUUAUAACAACAUAAUUGCAAUAAAUACAUGUACAUUUCAGCUCAUUUAUCUGCUAGCAUUUCCAUUAUACAACUGAGCUUAAAUGAUAAACUGUAGUAAGUGUUCUUUAGCAUUAUAAGAGAUGAAAUUAGUUGCACUGUGAAUUUUUGUUCUGCAGUUUAUAUUUUUUGACAUGCUGAAACACAGAUUAGUCUAGAGAGUCAGAGUUAACGUUUCAUCAUUCCUGGAAGAGCUUCUGGACAUUUUUUAUUGAUUUUUAUUUGUUAGUUUAUCAGCACAUGAACUGUUGUUGUUUUAAUUCAGUCUAUAAUAUUGAAGCACAUUUAUAAUAAGUUUCUAAAAGGACUGAUUUCCUACUGUAUGUACAGUAGUUCUAUUACAGCAUACACAUUAAUUCUGGUACCAAGCUGCCUUUUCACAUCUGUAUCUCCAAUACUGUAUCUAUGCACACAGCAUCUGAUUCAUGUGAAUUGUAAAACACUACAAUGCCUUGUAAAUCAAGUAAUUAUUAUUAUUUUUUGUAAUUGUUGUUUCUUCAAAGUAAAUGAGAAUGAUUUAUGUAUUUUGUAUUUAUUUGUAAUAGAAUUUGCAUCAAGCACUGAUCAAAUCAAAGGUUUGUAUUAUUCAGUUAGCAAAACCUUUUCUAUCAAUAAUAAAUUCAGUACUUUAUUAA